UCUCGGGAUGCUGAACACAUCGGGAAACGACACCGGCUGUCAGCCUCAAGGAAUUACCGCUUUCAUCCCGAUCUUUAUGAGCUUCAUCUUCUUUGUUGGUUUCGUGCUCAACUUUAUCAGUCUAUGGAUUUUCUGGUUUCGGGUCAAACAUUGGAACUCAACUGUGGUUCUCCAGUUCAACUUGGCCAUCUCCGAUGCCAUCAUCACUCCGGCAGCUCCACUGGUCGUUGCCUACAAUUUAACCGACCACUGGACCUUCGGGACAUUCCUCUGCCAAUUUAAGAUCUUCCUGCUCAGCACUCACAUGUAUACCAGUAUCUGCUUCCUCACUUUAAUCAGCGUCCACCGAUAUUUUACUGUUGCUCAAAAGGGUAAAAGGACUGCCUGGUCCAAGAAGCCUUUCAUCACCAAACUGUGCCUCGCUGUCUGGGGAUGUCUCUGUGUACAAGGAGUCCCAUCUUUCUUUUUUGUAAAACCUGCUGAAGUUCACGGAGUUACCAAAUGUCUCAGUAUUCAUCAAACUGAUCAGGCGGUUUUAUACUUUGUCUGGAACUGGGUGUUCCUCUUCUCCGGCGCCCUCGUUCCUUUCUCCAUAACACUAGUCUGCUAUAGUCUCCUGAGUCGCUAUAUCCUCAAGGUGAAUCCUAUGAACACUCUCAGCAAAGUCAUGGUGUCCAGAUCCGUACAGACCAUACUCGUUUCUCUAAUUAUAUUUCUAAUAUGCUAUAUCCCCGUACAUAUCACCAGAGCAAUGUUAGUCACAAUCAAAUUAUUCUUCCCAGCCAUGUGCUCGUUAUUGGAGAGAGUUGAGGUUGCCUAUUAUAUCACAUGGAUGUUAUCAGGUGCAAAUUGUUUUUUAGAUCCCAUAUUAUACUGUUUUGCCUCAGCCAGAUUUAGGCGCACAUUCACCGGCUGGUGUAGCUCUCCCUACAGCCGUGAUAACAACCAGAGAAACACAACAGACGAAACUUGUGGUAACCAAGUAGAGUUAUCUUCAGAUCGUCACCGUGGUCCUCUACCGACUGUGAGCACCACAGAGACUGGGAUGUAGUGUCACAUAGGUGUGAAAAGUGAUUUUCAAUGGAAAUAAGUGACAUGCAGUGGUAGAGAACAAGU